AUGCUAUGUCUGUCCUGGCUGGCUGCUGGCUGCUGGCUGCACAACGCCGCCGCCGCCCGCCCUCAACGCGACAACCUGGCUUUGGCUGUUGAGCCCGUCGCUGUACAACAUGUCAAGCGCCAAAGCCACCAAGAAGAGCGCAUUUUCCUGCGAGCCCUGUCGCCGUCGCAAGUGACGCCGCCGCCCAUCCACCAGACCGCCCGACCGGCGACCGCUGACACCAAAAACCACCCCGCUAGCAACCCCACGCUCUCGUAUACCCAGCGCCUCGAGAAACGAAUCAAAGAACUUGAAGACCAGCUUGCCUCAUCAUCUCGGUCGCCCCCUUCCAUCACUGUUUCCGCCCAUUCCAGUCCCUCCACCGCCAGCACCGGUCUCAACGACGGCCGCUCGCCUCCCAAAUCCCACGCCGACGAACAGUCCUUUACCCGUAGCUUUAGUGGCCUCAAAGUCGACGACAAAGGCCGCAUUACAUUCGGCAACGGCGCCAGCGCCAAUGAGCGACCUGCAAACCCAAAUUCCAAUGGCGUCUACGCAUCUGCCGAACUCGACCAGUCAAUACGAGAAAGGCUAGUUGCCAACGCCAUGCAGCAGCGCGCCCUCGAGACCUUUUCAGGAACCCCCCCGCUCUUCAUGUUCAUUUAUAGACCGGCCUUUACUCGAGACAUGCAGAACAUGGGCCAAUACUACUCGCAUAUGCUUCUCAAUGCGCUCAUGUCGCAUUCCGUAAACUGGGGUAGGAAUGAUCCGGCUACGCGGCAGCUACUUGACGAACACUACAGUGGCGGAGAAAUCUUCGGCAAACAUGCUCGCAGCAUGCUAUUUGAAGACAUGAAGCGCGGCGCGUGCACCAUCCCAAUGGUCCAAACCUUGCUGCUCCUCAGUGCUGAGGAAUGCGCUUUUGGCAACACGAUCCAGGCCUGGACUUACAGUGGUCUUGCCUUUCGCCUGAUGGACCAAAUAGGCGUGUGCUUUGAUGGCCAGCGAUAUCCCGGCUCUGUCCCCAUCAACGAGGAAGACAUCGAAAUUCGCCGUCGAAUAUUCUGGAGCAGCUUCUUCUGGGACAAGAUGCUGAGUCUGUACAUGGGCCGAAUGCCCACCUUGCAUCUCACCCCUGCCUCGCCACCACUCGUCAUGUACGACGAUUCGGCCGAGAACGAGCUCUGGGAGCCCUUUGGCAUGCCGCCCGAUGGAAGAACAUGGAAUUACCCGGCCUCCACGGCGCACUCGGCCACUUGCUUCAUCGCCAUGAUCCGGCUUUCGCUCAUUUUUAACGAGAUCUUGCUCCACAUGUACGACCCCGUUAUCCCCAAUACUGAGAUCGAGAUGCUCGAAUGCGUGGCGUCCCAAGGCCUGGCAAUGGACAAGUGGUGGGACGACUUUCCUCCAUAUCUCAAGAUGGACGCCGCCAAUCUCCCGGCCAUUGGACCGCCGACGCACCUAUUCACCUCAAAGCCGAUGCUCACGCGCCAUUACGACACGGGGAUUGACGGCCAACUGCCGUGGAGCACGUAUCUUAUCAACUGCGUGACGUCGGCGACUGCCACCAUUGCCAUUUUUGAUCUGUUUGCCAGAACAUACAGUAUUAAAUACUGCGCCUUGUCGAUAUCGUACAGCAUGUAUAUCGCCGCGUCUGUCUUCUUGCUUCAGGUUCAGGCCAUGCCCAACGACUUCCAGGCCAUCAGGCGUCUGGACUAUUGCCUCCACAUGCUGCACAGAGUGAUGGUGUUCAAUCCAAUCAUCGGUCGUUCGACGAAUUUCAUUUUGAAAGAGCUCGUUGCCAUUGGCAUCUCGUUUGAUGUGGCGGGCGGGUGCCUCGUAGAGACCGCAUCGCGCCGUCCGCUCGCGCCCCAAAACAGACAGCUUUAUCAACGUCCACUCGAGUCGACGACGGAGCUAGCUGCGCAAUCUUCGACACACGCUUUAUUUUACUCGACGAUCGGGGACGAUUUCGGAACCGGGGCUGUGCAUCCUGACGUAUACCACGCGAUGAUAGGUCUCGAGCCUGUGACAGUUCGCUUCUGUACGCUUGACGACUGA